AUGCAAGCUAUUCUUGCGCUAGGGGACCCCAAGCAAGCGAUGAUGGAUUUUGAUGAGCGGGUUUCUUGUGGCUCUAAUCUUUAUUUGCCUAGCUGCACCUAUUAUGUCUCGGGUCCGGAUUUCUCCAGUCUGCCUUCUUUUCUACCCCAAACGCCGGCUUCUCGCCCCAUGACAUACUCCUACUCGUCCAAUAUCCCCCAGGUUCAACCUGUGCGAGAAGUUACCUUCAGAGACUAUGCCAUCGAUCCUUCCAAUAAGUGGCAUCACAGGGGGAAUCUCCCACACUGCUACUCCGCAGAGGAGCUGAUGCACAGAGAAUGUCUGCCUGCCAGUACCAUGGGCGAGAUGUUAAUGAAAAAUAGCGCCAGCGUUUACCACCCCAGCUCCAACGCGUCCUCCAGCUUCUACAACCCGGUGGGGAGGAACGGGGUCCUGCCGCAAGGAUUUGACCAGUUUUUCGAGACUGCCUACGGUUCCAGUGAGAAUCAGCAGUCGGAGUAUUGCGGGGAGAAGAGCCCAGAUAAAGCGCCGUCUGCGGCAACUUCAAGUUCGGAGACUUCGAGGGUGUCUGUGGAGAAGGAGACGAGCCCGGGGAGUAGCAGCCCGGAGUCUUCUUCCGGCAACAAUGAGGAAAAAGGCAGCAACUCCAGUGGCCAGCGUACACGCAAAAAGCGGUGCCCCUACACCAAGUACCAGAUCCGGGAGCUGGAGAGAGAAUUUUUUUUCAGUGUCUACAUCAACAAAGAGAAGCGGCUGCAACUUUCCCGGAUGCUCAACUUAACCGACCGGCAAGUUAAAAUUUGGUUUCAGAACAGGAGGAUGAAGGAGAAGAAGUUAAACAGGGACCGCCUUCAGUAUUACACCACGAAUCCAUUGCUCUGA